ACAAAUGCCGUCGAUGCAGGUUCGAGUCAUUCGUCAUCGAAGAAAGGUUCGCCGAUUUUAACGCAUUUUUCACCGCGCAAAUCGAAGGAUCGUGCAGCGCACAAUUUAGGUGGUAGCCUGCAAAAGAAGGAUCGUACUUCGGACAACGCAAAAAUGACGGCUGUUUCGAUGAAUCGUACGGAAACACCGUUGAAAAGUAUGCCCGGUGGUGAUGUAAUCAGGUCGUGUCCAAUGGCGGUUGUCGAUAAAUCUCGUUACGAGAUGAAAUCGGUGAUCAUCCCGUUGCGUAACACCACCACCGCUACUAAUAACAGCAACAGUGGAUCGGCAACGGUACGUGGUACGAUGAUGGAUCAAACGACAACGAAUCGCCAACCAAUUACAUCCGGCCAUUCGUAUAGUUCUGAUUCAGAUAUUGUGCCAAACGCGACGACGACGACGACGACGACGACGACAAUGACCACAUCAUCGGCAACGGCGAUGCGUCGUUUAUACUUCAAAAGCGCCAAAUUGAGCAAAACCACUCAAAAUAGUAUAACGACAGUGCAUCAGCAGCAAGCUCAACAUGUGCCAAAGGUAAUGGUGAUGGGAACGUCGGUAGCAUCAUCAAAUGCCGAAACCACAAUCAAUACAUCAACCGAAUCGGCAUCUACAUUGGCAACAAAUGUGACUGGAACAGAUACAUCGACUUGUGACUCGCUCGAUUUGGGUGAUACGACUGGUCAAGUGGAACCGUUGCUAAGUUCGUUUGAUGAGCCCGUACCAUUGACGGCGAUCCCUGCAAAUGCCAUGCUAAAACGGUUGGAUGAGGAAGAAAGUGCUUUGAUCGAAGAGUAUGAUACGGACGCGGAUACGGACAUCGAUUCACAUCAUCACCGCCAGCAAGAGGAUGAAGAUGCGAAAAUUCCAUUGUUAACAAGUCCAGAG